UGAAAAAAUUACUUUCUAGGACACAUUUUGACUUUACAAUAUCACAAUAAGACACAUUCAACUUGCAACACACAUUAUGCUUGUAUAAUGUCCAUGAUACCCUUUUGACCAACACCUCACCCUCUUUACCUUUUUACUUUUUUUUGUGCUUUAGUUGUUUUUUUGUUUUAAUUUGGUGAUAUAGAAAAAACAGAGAAAGUCACUUUCCCAAAUACGUUCCCAAUUCACAAACCUAAUCUUAAUUUUUAGAUUUUCUAUGGUUGCAAAUUCUUUUAUCAUUUUCUCACCCUAAUCAAUUUUAGUCUCCCAUCCAUGAAUCAUAAUCACUUUCAUCUCCACACUAAUCUGUUUCGUAUGCGUCGUCUCUGAGCCAUCGGCCCACCGUUGAACAAAGCUCCGCACACCUGCUCCCGUGAGCAACUGAUUUCGACAUGCAAGAUAUUGUGGAUGUGCUGGAGUUAUCACAUCACCAAGAUGUUUCGUGAAACCACACAAAGAAGAAAGUUAUGAAUGGAUGAUUUUAAUGGGAGCAAAAAAGAGUAAAGAUAAGUCCAUGAAUCUACACGUAUGGUUUCCAAUAAGCUCAGAAAAAGAGGGACAUAAAUGUCACAAAUAAAUACAGCACAUCAAAUAUGUGUCUGACCAGCAACAAAUGUCUUAUUGUGUUAAAAAAGAGAACAAUGUGUCCUAUAACGUAACUCACUCUACUCCUGAAAAAAUUACUUUCUAGGACACAUUUUGACUUUACAAUAUCACAAUAAGACACAUUCAACUUGCAACACACAUUAUGCUUGUAUAAUGUCCAUGAUACCCUUUUGACCAACACCUCACCCUCUUUACCUUUUUACUUUUUUUUGUGCUUUAGUUGUUUUUUUGUUUUAAUUUGGUGAUAUAGAAAAAACAGAGAAAGUCACUUUCCCAAAUACGUUCCCAAUUCACAAACCUAAUCUUAAUUUUUAGAUUUUCUAUGGUUGCAAAUUCUUUUAUCAUUUUCUCACCCUAAUCAAUUUUAGUCUCCCAUCCAUGAAUCAUAAUCACUUUCAUCUCCACACUAAUCUGUUUCGUAUGCGUCGUCUCUGAGCCACCGGCCCACCGUUGAACAAAGCUCCGCACACCUGCUCCCGUGAGCAACUGAUUUCGACAUGCAAGAUAUUGUGGAUGUGCUGGAGUUAUCACAUCACCAAGAUGUUUCGUGAAACCACACAAAGAAGAAAGUUAUGAAUGGAUGAUUUUAAUGGGAGCAAAAAAGAGUAAAGAUAAGUCCAUGAAUCUACACGUAUGGUUUCCAAUAAGCUCAGAAAAAGAGAUGAUUUAUUUAUUUUCCCCGAGGCAAAGAUAAACAGAAGAGUUCAAGGAGACCCCAAGAGCUUCUUUUAAGAGACAAACCCUAAAAUUUGAGGGGAAGACGAUUACUCCUCGGAUCAAACCAAAGAUAAAGAGGAGAGAAGUAGCUUCAAAUGGAGAAGCUCUUUUACAAGUCCCAAAAGCGGUUGGGCGUCUCGUCUCCUUCAGUUCGAGAAGGAGAAGAAAGAGUUGUUACCAGAGGAGAAGACAUGAUAAGCUUAUUACCUGAACCGUUGUUAUGUCACAUUCUCAGCUUUCUCACCACUGAACAAGCGGUUUGGACAAGUGUUCUGUCUUCUAGAUGGAGACAUCUCUGGAAAUGGGUUCCUAGGUUAGAAUUAGACAGCUUUGAUUUCACUAAUGACAAGGUCUGUGUUGAUUUCAUCCACAAGUUUCUGGCUUUCCAAGGCAAGCCCUACUUGCGUGAGUUCAAAUUAACCAUUGACCACGAUGCCUUUGAUCGUGAUAGUGAGGUUUCUCUUUACGAGCCGUGUCUCGGUAGAGUGGAUAUGCGGAAGCUCGAACGUUUCCAAGUCGAGAAUCGGUUUGGACGUGGUGCCUUUGAUGACUUCCGGACACCCUUAACACUCUCCGUGUGUGACGCAUUGGUCUGCUUAAAGCUCCAUUUCGUUAGGCUGAAUGAUGACUUGGAGUCUCUUUCCUUGCCCUGUCUCAAGGUCAUGUUCUUGGAAGACGUUGUUAUGCCUAGCGACGCGGCUGCAGAGGCGCUCAUCUCUUGCUCUCCGGUUCUAGAAGUCUUGAAAAUAUGCCUUAGUAGAGAAGAUUUUGUGGUAGCUUUACGUGUCUGCUCGCUGUCGCUAAAGAGCUUCACUUUAAAACGAGUGGAACCUAUUUAUCCUCGUGGACAUUCAGUUUUGAUUGAUGCACCGAAGCUUGAGUAUCUGAGUCUCAUGGAUUUCUACCAUUUCAGAAGCUUUGAGAUAAUCAGCAAGGCUGAGUCUUUCAAGGUUGAUAUCGAUGUCGAGUUUGAGCCGAUGACUGAUUACUUGUCGGAACAGAAGAUCAUCGACAAUCUUCUCAACAACUUUUCAGGUGUUAAAGAUAUGACCAUGUCAUGGAGAACUCUGAAGUUUAUUAAUAGUUUCUAUCAGACGAACCCACUCCCCAAAUUUCAUGGCUUGACUCGUUUGCGUGCCACUAUGCGCUUAAACGCAUCCCCUGAAUUAUUGCCAAUCGUUCUCAAAAGCUGCCCCAAUCUGAAACACUUGACAUUGGAAUUGUUUGUUAAUUAUCCAAUCAGAUGGCGGUCUGAACUCUCCACUGUGCUGCCUCGUUGUUUGGUGUCGUCUCUUGAAUCUGUUGAAAUGGAAAGCCCGGUCACGGAGAUAGCUACUGAACUGGAUUUGGCUAGAUACUUUAUGAAGAACUCGACUACACUAAAGAAGCUCGUGCUACAUUUGGAUGAGUCUACUGGAGAUCAACACAAGCCUGGUGUCUUGGAACAACUCGUAAAAUUUUCGAAGCGCUAUAGUUUGUGUCUAUUCGAAGUUCUUCCAGUUGUUCCAGCUCCGAAUCCAUUGCCUCCGGGGUAUGUUUAUGUAAAAUCCAAUAGGUUCUAAAGCUAGAGUUGAAGAUGGAACUAGUUGGCUAAGCCUUAUGCUUGAUUCCCAUGGCUUCCCUUUUUCCCUUUUUUCUCCUUUCUGUGUGAGGUGGUACUACUGGUAUGGCUUAAGACUCCAUUUGGUUUGGUUGAAUGAUUUCGAGUCUCUUUAUUAAACUGUCUCAAGAUUAUGUUCUUAGGAUAUGUUAUUAUUUCCAACGCAAAUCUCAUGCUGUGGUUUGAUUAUAAACCGUUUGAUAAUGACGUUUGUGCCUCUUCUA